AAGAUUAUGGAUCAAAGAGAAAAGGAAAACUUUUAUCGCACUUGUACAGUGAUAGUGGAUCAUAGCAAGGAUUCCUUAACGGAACUGAUAGAAUGUGAUCUUGCAAAUAAAAGUUUAUCAUUCGAACAAUACAUAGACCUACAUAAGCAUGAUAUUUAUCAUCUUUGUAAUAACAUCCAUCGCUGUUGUCAGUGCACAGCUGCAUAUAUAUUGCCCCGACACCGAGUUUUACAUUUAUCACAACUGGAACUUCUUCUGGAUAAAUAUGGUUCAAAAUUAGCAUGUCAUCGUUCGGGGAAAAAAACAGGGUUUUGUUGUUGCUUUGCGAAAUCAGGAGUUAGUGUAGAUAUAUUAGACGUUACGUUAGCAAAAUGUCUUCUUGUCAAUUUUUCACUCGAGGUCUUCUGGUAUGGGUGCAUGACAAGGACAGGGGUGUCAUUUGGGGACUUUCUAAAUACAAACAAACAUACAAUAUAUCAUUUAAUGAGAGUAAAAAGUCACUGUUGUGAGUGUCCUACCGGGUACAAUUUCCCAGUUCCGACUCCACUCAUCUCUAAACAACAAUGGGAGUCUUUGUGGGAUAGUACAAGUAGAUCCUGUGUUAGUCAUGCAUCCAAAAAAUAUGAGAUUUGCAACGUCAAAGCAAAACGUGGAAUUGACAUUUCACAUCUUGAUUCAAGUUUUAGCGGUAUACUUCUUGAAAAUCUCUGUCCAACACGUAUAGCAGUUGAAGAUUUGGUUUACAUACGCAACAACGUAUAUGGACAUGCUUCAAAAGGCAGCUUAACAGAUGCAGAUUAUAAAACUUACAUGUUUAAAUUAGAGAAAGCCCUUAAACAAAUAGCUACUGUCUGUAACAGAGUCAGCAAAACAAUGAAUAAAUUUGAAGACGCGAAACAACGCCCAUUUGACGAAAUACUACUUAUAAAGUACCAAACUCUUCUCAUGGAACAGAAACAAACAGAUGAAGAAAAUAAAGAGCACAUAGACAUGGCAAAAAAUAGAAUACUUGAAAGAUUAGAUUCAAUUGAGAAGUCUCAGUCUGGACAAAUGCGAGACGUUUUAUCAGCAGUCAAAGAUAUAACUAAUUAUGUUGAUGAAAAAGAAAGAACGAAGAAAAAAUUACAAAAUGAUACUCAUUCAAGUGUUAAACGUCAUUUAAAGGAAGGUACAUUCGUUGAACAUUCUGCAGUUCAAGUUUGCAUCGACCGUCUAGAAAAAAAUGGCCGUGUAGUGAUCAGUGGACCUCCAGGGGCAGGAAAAUCUAGACUAGCUAUGGAACUGCUACACCAAUAUUCAACAAGUUAUAAUGCAUAUUCUGUUAUGCAGAUCUUCAAUUUAACAGACUGGCAAGAUUUAAUGCAUGAAAAGGAUGAAUGUAUUGUGCUUUGUGAUGAUAUAUUUGGUAAAUCAAACUUUAAUUAUACAGACGAUUUGCAUGGAAAGUGCAUCGAUUUCAUUUAUACAUGUGUUGAUAGUGGAAAUGUCAAAGUUAUUAUAACAAUGAGAAACAGCAUAUUAGAGAAAAUGCUAAAGAAAACCAAGUUAAAAACCAGUCAUAGGUUAUUCAAAGGUGAUUUUAUUUAUUUAGAUUCUAAUAGAUUUCGGUUGACAGAAAACAAUAAACGUACAAUUCUGCUUAAAUAUUUCAAUUUGAAUAACAUUAAAGUAACCGAAGAUCCAGAGAAAGAAAACUUUAAAAAAAUAGAAGUUAAAAAUUCGGAUGCUUCGCCUUUAUUCCAUCAAAGUACUUUAGAAGAAAUAAUCAUGUCAGAUGCCAGCCCAAUUUUAGGUUUUCCUCAAGCAUGUUAUUUAUUUUCAUCAAAUAGAAAAUUUACCGUACAAGGUCCAAUUUUUUUUAAACAUGCAAAUGAAGUUCUUCUCGAAGAAAUUCGAGACAUCAAAGAAAUUUGCGAUACUAACAAAGAUUUAGACUUUACUAUGCUAGUUUGUGUAAUGUUAAAUGGGAACACUUUUGAUAUAACAGAAAUUAACAAAAGUGAUAUUGAAAAAACAUUUUCUAUGUGUCAUCCGGGGAUGUCUAGACUUGUUACUUUAGGUGAAGUUGAAAGAUGUGUCGACCAGUUGUGUGGUUCUUACUUAAAUAAGCAAAAAGAUUCAUACUGCUUUCAACAUCGCACAUUAUUUGAGGCUGUUUUUCUUGUUUUUCGCUCCUUCACCAAACAGUGUGUAAAUUAUGAUAAAAUACUGCAACUCAUGGGCUUUGAAUUUAUUGUUGAGAUGACAAGGUCAUACGAAUACCAAGGUGUAGAAGGUGAAGUUAUCUAUAGGGUACAGUCUGAGCACUACGAAUUAUUAGCACAACAAGUGAUAUUCCAUUUAACUGAGAAAUACUUUGAAGACCCAUAUACAUGUAUCAAAUUGUUAUGUGAAUCUCCAAUAAUUCUGUUUACUUGCACUAGUAUAAUUAAAUAUAUUUGCAAGUUAUAUUGUGAUAGACAAGUAUCGCAGUUGUUCAAAGGCAACACAUACUUUUCUUUGAGUAUUCCAAGAAGCUGUAAUGAUUUAUUUUACACACAAUGCUUCAAUAUAUCUGUAGCAUUUUUUAUGUUCUGCGUUGACAGUAAAGAUGUUUUAGAAUACUUAAGGACCGAGAUUGAAUCCACAUUGUCUUCGUCUGAUCGUCAUUCAGUUACACAUUGUGCUCAGGCUAUAAAAGUAGCUUUUUUGUUUUUAUGUAUAAUGCUAAAGGUAGAUAAAGCUGAAAUUUUGUGGCAAAUUAUGAAAUCAAACAAUAUUAAACUGAGAGAAUUGCCACGACAUUUUUUAUUGAAUUUUCAUGUUAUAUUGCAUAAUGAAUACGUGUUAAAACUUAUCUCAGAAAUAGUUGACGAUUUUAGUAUAUUUGAUGUCAAUGAAUUUUUAAAAUGUAUAAUUUUGGACAACGUUGAAGUAGAAAACAUAAAAUGGCUCACUAAAGCAUUUGAUACCAAGCUAUUCGAUAUAUCAAUCGCUAUGGAGAAUGCAUGUGCUAUUGGAAAUAUGGAACUUGUUAAAUUUUUGUUCGAUUCGUUUGACCAAAGUCGUUUUAACAUGAAAUCGGCGCUGAACGAAGCAUGUUGCAAUGACAAUCAAAUUGUAGUUCAAUAUUUAUUCAGCGUAUCUGAUAGUAAAGCAUUUGACGUUAAAACGGCAAUGAUUAUUGCAUGUGGUAGGGGAAAUGCUAGUUUAGUAAAUUUCCUACUCAAAACGUCGGGUAAAAGCUUUUUAAAUAAAGACAUGACUCUGAAUGCAGAUCAGAAUGAACUUGUGAAUUUCUUACUAGAUAUUGUGGACGAUACAUUAUCAUCAUCUGAUAUAAAGCCGCAGAUCUACAACGAACGUGACUCUGGUGAAAUAGAAAUGCGGAAAGCUUUGUUUGAAUCAUAUGACCACGAUUUGCUUGAUAUAAAAUUGAUAAUGACUUGGGCUUGUGGUUAUGGUAAUAUUGAGCUAGUGACAUUUUUAUCAGAAAAUUUUGAACAUAGUAGCUUUAACAUGAAAUCGGCAUUACAUAAGGCAAUUUCAAGGAAUAACAUACACAUCGUAAUGUAUAUGUUAAAACAGUUUGACGUUACCAUGUCUGACCUUAUGACAGCAAUGAGAAUAGCCUUUGAAAAGGAAGAUAAAAAAAUAACAGAAAUAUUAUCAGAAAAGAUGAACCAUAGUUCAUAUGAGAUGAAGUCAUUUUUAACAGAAGAAUGUAAAAAAGGAAAUAUUCAAUUUGUUAAAUACUUAAUAAAAAAUAUAAACAAUGAUUUCUUUGAUAUGAAAUUAGCAAUGAAUGGCGCGUGCAUCAGUGGUAAAGUAGAAUUGGUUAAAUUCUUGCUUGAUACUUUUGGAUCUAAAAAGUUUGAUAUGGAAACUGCUAUGAAUGAAGUAUGUGGUUUCAAAUGUGGUAGUAAACAAGUCGUCCGAUUUCUGUUAAAGGCUUGUGGUAAUGACAUGUUUAAUUUGCUAGCGGCGUGUAAAAUUGCGAAACGAUCUGGAAAUAAUGAGUUAGCAAACAUCAUUUCACCCGAUGCAGAAAGUAGCACUUGCAGCAUUAAUUAAUUAUCAGUAUUCAUACAAUAUACAUUAUUAUCAGCAUUUAAAGUUCCUUUUUUCAGAUUGCAGAAUGUUCUAGUGUUAACAAAUUUUCAGUAUAUUUGAAUAAUCGCCUUUGUCCACAAAUAGGUACAAAGUUUCUCUGCUACUGAUAUUAUUUUAAACAUUAGUAAAGUCAUGAAGGAAACAAAACUAGUAUAAUACAUUUCCCUGGCUUUAGGUUGGACUUUUGUGUGCUGAAACAGGUGAAAGAAUUCAACUUUGGAGCGCUGUGAUUGGAUGCAAUGCUAUAAUAUAUUUUUUUUUAUUUUAUUUAUGAAUAACUUCAGUUUGUAUAUUUACAAUAUAUAUUUUGAAAAACAUUAAAAUAUUUUCUAGAUUAUAAUUUGAAAAGGCUUCCAAAUUUUCAUUAAUUGGAUGUAAAAUGACGGUGGGCAUGGAUACCAUAAACAAGCUUCAUUAUUGACUUUUGGCUUCAAUUUCUAAAAAAAGAAUAAUAAAGUACUAAUAUCACACAUAACUGUUUUGUUCAGGUUUUUAUUGUAAAAAGUGCACGUGGUAAAUUUAGAAAAUGUUAGUGUUGUCGACUAUGGAAAUAUAAAUACUACCGUGACGGUUUUACCUAGAGCAUCGUUUUUAUCAAAUCACUUUGUCUUCAGGUAAUAUUAACACGUAUUGAAAAUCAGGCAUGGGGUAAUGCAAAUUUGUAAUUGUAAUGCAUGGUAAUGCAUUACAUUUUUCCAAGUAAUUGCAUGUAAUGUGUAAUGCAGCAAUUUUUGCAUUAAAAGUUGUGUAAUUUCAUGCAUUACAAAGCAUUUUUUUCACAUACUAUAAUGUAUAUUUCACAGAUUGUUUGAGAUUUAGCUAAAGCAGAAGUUAAGAUUUCUGGAUUAAUUAAGAAAAUAAUCAUUUGGAUAUUGACUUUUUAGCUCACCUGGCCCAAAGGGCCAAGUGAGCUUUUCCCAUCACUUGGCGUCCUACGUCCGUCGUCGUUAACCUUUACAAAAAUCUUCUCCUCUGAAACUACCAGGCCGAAUUUUAUCAUACUUGGCCACAAUUAUCAUUGGGGUAUUUAGUUUCAAAAUUGGUGUCCGGUGGCCCGGUCAACCAACCAAGAUGGCCGCCAUGGCUAAAAAUAGAACAUAGGGGUAAAAUGCAGUUUUUGGCUUAUAACUUAAAAACCAAAGCAUUUAGAGCAAAUCUGACAGGGUUAAAUUGUUUAUCAGGUCAAGAUCUAUCUGCCCCGAAAUUUUCAGAUACAUCGGACAACCCGUUGUUGGGUUGCUGUCCCUGAAUUGGUAAUUUUAUGGAAAUUUUACUGUUUUGGUUUAUUAUCUUGAAUAUUUUUAUAGAUAGAGAUAAACUGUAAACAGCAAUAAUGUUCAGCAAAGUACGAUUUACAAAUAAGUCAACAUGACCGAAAUGGUCAGUUGACCCCUUUAGGAGUUUUUGCCCUUUAUAGUCAAUUUUAACCAUUUUUCGUAAAUCUUAGUAAUCUUUUACAAACAUCUUCUCCUCUGAAACUACUGGGCCAAAUUGAUCCAAACUUGGCCACAAUAAUUUUUGGGGUAUUUAGUUUAAAAAAUGUGUCCGUUGACCCGGCCAUCUUGGUUGCAACCAAGAUGGCCGCCACGGCUAAAAAUAAAACAUAGGGGUAAAAUGCAAUUUUUGGCUUAUAACUAAAAAACCAAAGCAUUUAGAGCAAAUCUGACAUGGGGUUACAUUGUUUAUCAGGUAAAGAUCUAUUUGCCCUUAAAUUUUCAGAUGAAUCGGACAACCCGUUGUUGGGUUGCUGCCCCUUAAUUGGUGAUUUUAAGGAAAUUUUGCUGUUUUUUGUUAUUAUCUUGAAUACUAUUAUAGAUAGAGAUAACCUGUAAACAGCAAUAAUGUUCAGAAAAGUAAGAUUUACAAAUAAGUCAACACGACUGAAAUGGUCAAUUGACCCCCUUAGGAGUUAUUGUCAUUUAUAGUUAAUUUUUAACAAUUUUCAUAAAAUUUGUAAAUUUUUACUAACAUUUUCCACUGAAACUACUGGGCCAAGUUCAUUAUAGAUAGAGAUAAUUGUAAGCAGCAAUAAUGUUCAGUAAAGUAAGAUGUACAAACACAUCACCAUCACCAAAACACAAUUUUGUCAUGAAUCUAUCUGCUUCUUUUGUUUAAUAUUCACAUAUACCAAGGUGAGCGACACAGGCUCUUUAGAGCCUCUAGUUUUUAUUUGAAAAGCAUACUGUAAAAGUGUUUUAUUGUUGUCAAAUCAUCAAUUAAUACCUUUUAAUGAUUAAAUAACAGAAAAUAGAAUAUUGUAAAAAAUCACUAAUUAGUUUUUUUUGCAAUCAAUCUUUUCACCAUUUUGACACUUGGUCAUAAAUUAAGCUCGUUGUUUAUAAUUUAAUUAGGAAAGCAAUUAUCAGUAAAUAUUUUUUAUUCGAAUUUAUUAAACAAAUGUAUAUUUAUAAAAGUAACAUUAGUUAAAAAAAAUAUAAAACUUCAUGUCUGUAAUUUCUUUUUAGAGAAAGCACAGAUAUGUAUACCUUGAAACCCUUAUGAUGUUAAAAUGUAAUAGUUGUAUUGAAUAUACUUUAAAUGUAAUAUGUAUACGGAACAGUUAUUGCAUAUGCUAGAUCUUUUGUGACUUCAUGUUGUUUUUCAAAAGGUUUGAUUUUUUUUUCAUUUACAAAUGUAAUGUGUAAUUCAAUGCAUUACUUUGCAAAAGUAAUUGUAAUUUAAUGCAUUACUUUGAUAAAUGCAUGUAAUUGUAAUGUAAUGCAUGGUUUUGUCAAAGUAAUUUUAAUAUAUUGCAUUAAUAUACUGCAUUACAUUGCAAUGUAAUUCGCCCGAUACCUGUUGGAAAUGUCGAUUGAACAUACAUCUUCAGCAGGAUGAGAAGUCAAAACAAAAAUGUAGCCUAACGUCAAGUUUGGAAUCUGUUAAAUUUAUUUCUAUUACUUUAUUCACCUUUCCGAAAGACUAUGCAGAUAGCUUGUAUAUAUUGUCACUUGAGACGACUUGUUUUUAAUCUCAACGCUGAAACGGCUACUUUUUGGAAAACUGUAUAUAAAUUUACAUAUUUUUUUCGAGUUACAUAAAACUCGAAUUACGGAUAUUAAAACCUCAUUCGUUUUUCCUGCGGAGCAUGUUAAAAUUGUAGAUAUAUUUAUUGAUAUUGUAAAUGUAAAUUAUAGUAAGGAAUAUAUAAUGAUAUUGAGAAAAAUUGUAUCGGAAAAAAAGACACAUUUUAAAGAAUAUGCCAUUUAUUUUAUAUAUGAUUAUCAAAGUUUUUGGUUAAUAGUCAAGUAUUAUGUCGAAAAUUGUCAUGUACAUUAUAAAGUUUCAUUUUAUGUUAGUUAGUAAUUAUAUAGACAUAAUUUCUUACAAAUGAUUUAUAUACGCGUUCGUUGUACAUUUAUCGUAGGUAUUAAAAAAAAACCGAUAAAAGUAAGAUAUCCAGAAUAUCCGUACUGAAUAAAUCUUUCAUUCUCCAGCAUGCUAUUCAAAUAUGAUCAUAUGUUCAGUACUGCAAAUUUCAUCCAUUUGUAUCUGUGCAUUUAUUUAUUUAAAGCUGUUGGUAUUAUUUUUUUUUUUGUGCAUUUGACGAACAAAUUCAUAGUACAUGUAAUUAUUUUGUACAGGACUAUUUCUUUCUACAUAUUAAA